AUGCCAUCACCCUCUCGCCACGUGCGCUUUGGCGCGGCCGUCGAGUACUUUUUCCCCGUCGGCUUCAACGGCAGCGCGCUGCCACGCGACGCAAUGCCGGGUAUCGGGCUCACCGGCCGCCCGAUCGCGAUGCGCCAGACCAGCCUCUCGACACCGUCGUCCGUCGACGUCGCCCACUCGGUGCUGCGCUACUCGGCCAAAGACCGCCUGUACUUUUUGAAACGCGCGGGCUUGAGUAAGGACGACGUGACGCAGCUGAGUUUACGCCAGCGACAGCUCCGCAUGGACCUACUGCAAUCGAUCGCAGAAGCGCAGAAAGAGGCAAGUCCCCGCAAGCGACGCGCCGAGAACUGUAAAGCAUCGUUGAAAUAUAGACGUCUUGUACUAUAA